AUGGCGACCCUACAAUCCAGCAUUUCAAGCACUUCUUGCUCGCCCGCCAUAAUAAUUCCCUCCACCUCGCUUACAAUCUCCUACCCGACGCUACAGAGUCUUAUAUCCAAUUUCCAAAAGAACCUCGCUGCAAUCGGGAUCACGCCCCAAUCACCCGUGUCAAUUACACUCCCGAACAAUCUUGAGUUCAUAGUUUCCUUCUUGGCGACGGCUGCACAAAGGGGCAUUGCGGCACCAUUGAACCCCGCGUAUAAACAAGGUGAAUUUGAGUUCUUUAUUGGCGACGUCAAGAGUAAGCUUGUUGUUGUUCCGAGGGGAGCGGUGAGUGCGGGUGCUCCGGCGGUUUUGGCAGCCAGGAAAUUUGGGGUUGCAGUUACCGAGGUUUGGUGGGAUGAUCAGAGAGGUGAGGUUUGCUUGGAGCUUUUGGAGAAAGGUGGGCUGGAGGAUGGGGUCAAGGUUGAGGGGGCGGAACCUGAAGAUGUCGCGUUAGUUCUACACACUAGCGGGACUACGGGACGGCCCAAAGCUGUGCCUUUGACACAUAAAAAUUUGGCUAGGACUAUGGGCAACAUUGUGCAAACAUACAAGCUUACCCGGGAGGAUAAAACCUAUUUGGUUAUGCCUUUAUUCCACGUGCAUGGCCUUUUAGCAGGUUUCCUCGCCCCUCUCCAGUCCGGAGGGACUGUAAUCGUUCCAGUCAAGUUCUCUGCCAACGACUUCUGGAAGGAUUUUAUCAAGUUCAGGGCCAAUUGGUACACAGCUGUUCCCACAAUCCAUCAAAUCCUGCUCAGGAGCCCUUUUCCAGCUCGAAUUCCCCCAAUCCGUUUCAUCAGGUCCUGCUCUUCGCCACUUUCGCCCACAACCUUCUACGCCCUUGAAGAGACUUUCAAAGCACCCGUUCUCGAAGCGUAUGCCAUGACCGAAGCUGCUCAUCAGAUGACCUCAAAUCCCCUCCCUCCGGCCAAACGCAAACCAGGGACCGUUGGCCUCGGCCAAGGAGUCGAAGUCGCGAUUCUAGAUGCAGACGACAAUGAGGUUCCUCAAGGCAAAGAAGGCGAGAUCUCCAUCAGAGGCGUCAAUGUAACCAAAGGAUAUAUAAACAACGAAAAGGCCAACGCAGAAUCAUUUACUCCCAGAGGCUUCUUUAGAACUGGAGAUCAGGGUAGGAAGGACAAAGACGGGUAUGUGAUCAUCACAGGGAGGAUUAAAGAAUUGAUCAACCGCGGUGGCGAGAAGAUUAGUCCCAUUGAGGUCGACAACACCAUCAGCUCUCACCCAGCGGUCGGCGAAGCUGUAAGCUUCGCUAUUGACAGCGAGAUGUAUGGACAGGAGGUUGGGGCCGCGGUGGUGCUCAAGGGUGGAAGGAAGGUUACGGAAGGAGAAUUAAAAAAGUAUGUCGGAGAGAAGUUGAGCACGUUUAAGGUUCCAACCAGGAUCUGGUUUACCGAGCAUAUGCCUAAAACUGCGACAGGGAAGAUACAAAGGAGGAUUGUGGCUGAAACUAUGCUGAAGGGGGAUAAACCAAAGGCGAAGUUGUAGACUUGUACAUAAGUUAUUACAGCGAGCGUGGUAUGAUUCUGUUUUUUAUUCACUAAGUCGUGCUUCAGUGCUUUGGUAGAACUGGGAAUAUAAUAAUUUACAUA